GUCCGGUCCCCGUCAUCCGGAGCCGCGCCGCGACGACCGAAGAAGGAAGAAGCAUCCGGAGGCGCACGACCUGCCUCUCCUUCCUCCCAUGGCGCCGCCCCUCUCCGCCGCCGCCGUGGCCGUAUCCUCCUCGUCGCCCCUCUUCUCGCCCUCUUCAUCCCACCCCCUCAUCCGCCGCCAUGCGCCUCCGAGAUAUGUCUCCAUGCGGACGCGUGGCCGUUCGCAGCCCGCGGCGGCGGCGGCCGAGUCCUCCGGCAGCCCGCUUCUCGAGGUGCGAGGUCUCACCGCAUCCGUGAAGGAGACCGGUCAGCAGAUCCUCGCCGGCGUCGACCUCACCAUCCGCGAGGGCGAGAUUCAUGCGAUCAUGGGGAAGAACGGCUCCGGCAAGAGCACCCUCACAAAGGUUCUUGUUGGCCAUCCGCAUUAUGAGGUAACUGGUGGCACCAUUCUCUUCAAGGGGGAGGACUUGAUUGACAUGGAGCCAGAGGAAAGAUCUCUCGCAGGCCUUUUUAUGAGUUUCCAAGCACCUAUUGAGAUUCCUGGCGUGAGCAAUUUUGAUUUUCUGCUCAUGGCAGUCAAUGCUCGCAGAGAAAAGAGUGGUCUACCAGCAUUGGGUCCAAUUGAGUUUUAUUCAGUUGUAUCACCCAAAGUUGAUGCCUUGAAGAUGGAUCCGAAGUUCCUUGAUCGCAAUGUGAAUGAAGGUUUUAGUGGUGGUGAAAGGAAGCGCAACGAGAUAUUGCAACUUUCAGUCAUUGGAGCAGAUUUAGCUCUUCUUGAUGAGAUAGAUUCAGGAUUAGAUGUUGAUGCACUUGAAGAUGUAGCUAUUGCGGUGAAUGGGCUUUUGACACCCCAAAACUCUGUUCUGAUGAUUACGCAUUACCAACGUCUUUUGGAUCUCAUUAAACCCAGCUAUGUUCAUAUCAUGGAAAAUGGCAAGAUAAUCAAGACUGGUGACAGUUCUAUUGCCACUCAAAUUAAUGAAGGUGGCUUCAAAUCAAUUGCCCUUGUAUAGCUUUAAACUUGUGCAGGUCAAACACUUGAAGGUGGAGGAGCCUCUUUGUCAACAAAACUUUUGAGUUUGUGUACCCCAUUCAACCAGGCAUGUUAUCUUUUGAAGGUGGAGAGUUGGAUCGACCACCUCCUCUGUAAGAAUUUUUGGAUCAAGUUGUUGACAACUAGUCGUACCCAAGGAAAGCAUCUUACUACACGAUCCACAAAUUUUAUAUAUUUGAGUAUGACUCGUUGGCUUGGCCCUUGGGCAUCUGGUCAUCAAGAUUGUUUUGCAUGUAUCUUUUUGUAAACAUUUUAACACUUGUAACAAAUUUGCAGGCCUAGAAAGUUACUUAGAUGUCUCCACACGGGAGAAGAUCUGGUGCGAUCAUCAAUUCACAUGUGUGCAGGUUCUCUAGGCUUGCUGAUUUAUCUAUAUCUGUUAUGUUGUAUUAUCGUGUGCAAAAGAUCCUGACCUGCACAAUCUGGAGUGGACUAGUGUGACCUAUGACUUCCACCAAUGGUAUUGGCAGCUAGGUGCUCGAUUUCUGUUAUUCCCAUUACAGUAGGCCUAUGUCCCAAAGAAUA